UAUCCCACCCCUCCGUCUGCUGGCAUCCUCUCUCUCUUCUCCUUCUUUAAGUCGCCAACUUGUCGCGUUGCUUCGUUCUGUUCUGUUCUCUGUGCCAGAGGACUCUUGUCGUUCUUUUCCUCACUGUCAUUCUUUAUUGCGAAUAGAUUUCGCACCCACGCUCAUUAACCUGAAUCGAGCACGCUAAAGAUAUACUUCUCCGGACAAGCUUUAAGACACCAAAGGCAUCAUCUCCAACAUGCGCUUCACAAGUUCUGCUUCCGUCGCCCUCGUGGCAUCUCUUGCGGCUCUGGGAGAGGCUUCGUACCCCUUCCACGCUCGCUCGGGGAAGUUCCUCCACCAUGCCAGAGGAUUCAACAGCACCGCCGACGACGGUGUCUCGUCGGUCUUCGUGAUCCCGACGCCCGCUGAGAAGACUCCCCAGGUCACUCCCUCCAUCCCUCUGAGCACUGGUGCUGCUCGUGAGAUCGAUCCCGAGGCUGCUGUCUCUACUCAAACUUCGGUGGAGGACCUCACCCUCACCUACACUCUGGGUGGUGCCUCUACCACUGUCGUGACAACUACUGUCCAGCGCACCGCUACCAACACCGUCGUUGUUACUCAGACCCCUGAGGCCAGUGUCACCCAGGAGGCAGUCGCUGAUGACGAGCCCACCACCACUAUCUCCACCACCUCUACUACCACCUCCAUUGUUACCGUCUAUCCUGUUGCUAGCUCCGCCCUCGUCGGUGGAUCUAACGCCGCCGGAUCCUGCAAUGGCGUCACUGUCACUGUCACUGAGAAGGAGACCGUCACAGUGACUGCUGGUGCUACUGCUACCGAUGCUGCUUCCUCCAACAGCAUCGCCAAUGCCGUCAACGAGGCUGACAUCACCUCCGCGGUCCAGAAGCAGGUUGCUGAGCCCACUGCUGUCCCCAGCUCGCCUGCUGUCUCUGCCCCAGCUGUUCCAGCUGUGCCGGCGGGUCCUCCUUACGGCAACGGUACUUUCCCCACCUUCAGGAAGGCGUCGACUCCCUCUGGCUUCUUGACGAGCAAGCUGCCUCUCCCGUCCAACUUCGCCCGCCGCAUGUAAGCGGAGAAAAAUGCCUGUUUUCGAUCAAGUCGCCGGUAUCGACCAUCCAUGAUUGAGAGAUCAAUUUCACUCGCGUCAGUCGCGCGCUGGAUUUGUACUUAUUGCGGACCAUUUGAUGGCACAAACUUUUCGUACUUUUUUCAAUUCUCUGCGGGCUACUCCGGCUGCGAUGAACAGCAUGUUCUCCAACGUGGUUCAGUCGGCGCUCCCGCCCCCUUUUUCUUUAACCAGAUCAGGAUCCCUUUCGGAUUCCUCUCUUCCAACGAG